GGGCGGUCCCCGGUGCCCGGCAGCGCCAUGCGGGGCAGCGGGGCGGCGGGGCCCGGCCGCGGGCUGUGAGGGGACCCCGCUCUGCCCCCGGGGGGAGCCGGGCAGCGCCGCCACCUCCCGCCUCCCUCAUCCCGCCUCCCUCAUCCCGCCCGCCAUGGCCGCCCGCGGAGCCGGGCGGCGCGGAGCCGAGAGGAGCGGCAGUGCCGGGGUCUGGCCGCUGCCUGGCAGCGCCCCGUGAGCGGGGACAGCGCCCCAGGAGCGGGGACAGCGGGCGGCGUGUCCCUGCGCCCGGUCCUGCCCCCCCGUCCUCCUCCCGGAGCGGGGAUGAGCGAGACCCGCGCCAGGGGAGUCGCCGCCUAGACCGGCAGCCAGGAUGGUGCCCCUGCAGCCCCUGCCCCUCGUCGUGGUCCAGGGCGUCCUCCAGCUCGUGUUCUGUGAUGCCAAUCAGGUCGUACAAGCUGCGGACGUGCUGGACUGGGAAGACAAGGAUGCUGCAGAGACACUGGUUGACAACGUGGUCCACUCCAGGAUGGUCAACCCCUUACGCCUGUUUGUUAAGCCAUCUCCAGUACUGAAACACGGCCAGGUGUCCUACUCGGACAGCAUAGAAAACUUUUGGGAUUGGUUGUCCAACAUCACGGAGGUUCAGGAAUCUCUGGCACGAACUAAACGCAGACCUAUAGUAAAAACUGGGAAAUUCAAGAAAAUGUUUGGAUGGGGCGAUUUCCACUCUAACAUCAAAACUGUUAAGCUGAACCUCCUGAUCACGGGGAAAAUCGUCGAUCACGGCAAUGGGACCUUCAGUGUUUAUUUCCGACAUAACUCCACGGGUCUGGGGAAUGUUUCUGUCAGCCUGGUGCCACCUUCCAAGGUGGUUGAGUUUGAACCAUCUCCACAGUCAACGCUGGAGACCAAGGAAUCCAAGUCCUUCAACUGCCGAAUCGAGUACGAAAAAACAGACCGCGCUAAAAAAACUGCCUUGUGCAAUUUCGACCCUUCAAAGAUCUGCUACCAAGAGCAGACCCAAAGCCAUGUCUCCUGGUUGUGUUCCAAACCCUUUAAGGUCAUCUGCAUUUACAUCGCUUUCUACAGCGUCGAUUACAAACUGGUGCAGAAGGUCUGUCCUGACUACAACUACCACAGCGAGACGCCGUACCUGUCCUCCGGCUGACACGGUGCAGUCAGCAUCAGUCAUAAAAAUAAGCAUUUCCACUAACCUUUUGGAGAAGAAUAUGUUUUUCCUAUCAGGUUAAAAAAAAAGUCUUUAAAAAAACCUGUAGCUGUGUUUGUGCCGUAUCGUAACUAAUCAAACUGUUUAUGUAUCAGUCAUUUUCAUUUGAGACCGUUGCAUUUUAGCUCUUGUCGUCAUCCAUAAGGGAACUGCCAGGCAGGCACGUGACAAAAAUCAAACAAAAUUAUGUCUGUAAUGAACGUUGAUCUUGAAAGUCACUGUUUUAAACUACUUCAUGGCAGAGAGGUUGUCUUUUACUGAAACUGGACAGCACUUAGCGGGAUCCUAUUUCUCAUUGGGAACUUUAGGUGACAAUAUAAAGAACAAAUGAUGAAGCAGCCUCACAGCUACUCAUAUAGAAACUCUAAAUAAACAGCUUUACCACUGAUUUCAUAAAGAAUGUUACAGAGAGGGCUCAAGUAGUCAAGUCCAAAUACUAAGAGGAAGUGCUAAAUCUAGGACAAAAAAAAAAAAAGGAAAGGAAUCUGCAUUUUUAUGAGUUGUAGUAGCUGUAGGUACUCAUUGAAGUGAAGAGUGAGUAGUUCUUCCUUCAGCCUUCUUACCCAUGGAUAUGCAGUGGUGUAAUUAGACAUUGAUGAGCUUUAGUUUUUUAGACCCCUCAGGUGUGCACAUGUGGUGUACAUUCCUUCCUUCUGUGCUCACCACUGGUUUUGAUUCUUCUCAAACAUUCACAUACACCAGUGCUAGUUUUACAGCAAUAGAGAAUAUACAAAUAUCUUGAAAAAGGGUGAUCUCUGCUUAAGUCAACCUGGUCUAGCGGAAGGUGUCCCUUGGUGGAACAACAUAAUCUUUAAGGUCCCUUCCAACCCAAACCAUUCUGUGAUUCUAUGAAGUCUGAGGACUGUAACAGGGGCUGGCUUCCAAGCAAAGGAAGCAAUUAUUUUGCUAUCCAGCCUCUUAGCAUUAUAUGUUGCAGCAAGGAAAACACAUCACAGCACAAGGAUACCUGAACAACAAGCAGCUUUCUGCUUCAUGGCAUCAAUUGUCUUCCUUAGCAGUGCACCGCACACCUUGAGUCAAAAUACCAGCCACGACAAAGAGAGAGAGCAACAGAAAUCUAUGCAUCUUCACCUCAUAAAGCAGGUUUCAAACUAUUAAUAUAUUCAGCCAGGCUUUUCCCUAGUGCAGAACAGAAUCCCUCCAGUGCAGUUAGAACAACGGCUGGUCCAGCUGUGGUUUUGCUUCAACAGGACAGGUGCUGUCCCACCACAGUCAACAGCAGUUGGCUCUGGCAAUGCAGGUUCCAGCAUCAUCCCCUGCGCUCUCUCUGGGUAUUGAUCCUGCUGCUGCUGCCAAUUUGCUCUCAUGGCCCUUUGUGACAGUUUGAUGUCACAGGUACUGUGGAAGAAGCUGGCUGAGGAAGUGCUUUUUAUUGCCUCCAAUCAGACCUGCAGGAAGGGUUCAAGAAGUUACACACAGUUUAAAUAAAGCACUGUUAAAGUACUCUGUUUGAGUGAUGUGCACACAGACAAGUGACUAUGGCAGCUUGGAAGGACUCACUCAUGAGAUUAAUUCUGAUUUCCUUGGUAGAGACUCACACAGAAAAAUUACUCUGUUAAAAAUAUACGACUAACUGGCUGAUUUGUUUUUCUCUUUAGGUGACAAAUUUAAAUGUGUGGUUUAGUUUGAUCAAUAAUCUAAAUGUUUUCCUUCAUCUUAUUUCAUACAGAGUCUCUCCUGGUCUAUAAUGAUGUUUUUUAGUUGGCCUAUUCCUGUCAAUUCCUACAAGUUGGUCUACUUUGUAUUCUGUAUAGCGUGUCCUCGCUCCAGCUGUACAUGAGCUUGGAUUUACUGCUACGAGUUCAGUGGUCGGUGCUUUUGUAACUUAGCUGUAAGCCAUGAUUUUAUUGCCAUGUAUUUUUACUCAGCACUGUAGGCAAUUAAAAGAAAACCCUACAUGCUAUUUAUUGUAGAGUAUGUGGAAAACAUGUAUGUAUAUACACUUAAAUAUGUGUACAUAUACAGCACAUAUGUGUACAUGUAUUUGUAUGUAAAUAAAGAGAGUUUACUAAAUCUG